AUGUAUGUAAAUGAAGCGAUUCGCUUGAGCUUUGCUGAUUGGCUAGACGGCCAUCAGCCAAUCAGAAAGCAAAGCACAACCUACCGUCAGGCUAUAAAUAGGUCCAGUAAGUCUGUUCUGUUUUUGUAUACGUUAUCACCGGCUUUUUGCAAAGUUAUGUUGGGUUGCGGGAAGCAAGAUGGCAAGGCGCGUGCUAAGAUGAAAAGUCACUCUUCUAGAGCAGGUUUGCACUUUCCCGUGGGCAGGAUCUACCGCCUGCCCCGCAAGGGCAACUGUGCCGAGUGCGUUGGGGCAGGUGCGCCAGUAUAUUUGGCAGCGGUGUUGGAGUACUUAAUGGCUGAGAUCUUAGAAUUAGCAGAUAAUGCAUCACGUGACAAGAAGACCCGAAUAAUUUCUUGCCAUUUGCAGCUGCCCAUCCGUAAUGAGCUCAACAAGCUGCUGGGGGGUGUGACUAUUCAGGGUGGCGUCCUGCCCAAAAUCCAGCCUGUGCUGCUACCCAAAAAGACCGAGAGCCACCAUCACAAAGUACAGAGCAAGUAGUCAUAGUGCAGAAUGCUAGUGAGCAGUCCUAAUAUCUGGUGAAAGGACAGCAACCAAAGGCUCUUUUCAGAGCCAUUCAAAUAAUAUCAGUGAGGGCUGUGACCUAGACUGGGCCUGUAAAUUGCAGUUUUCCAGCAAUAGGCUGCUGAAAAUCUCCAAUAACCACAACCUUUGUACUAUGAAAGUAUUUGAAUGUUGGUUCUAAUACCCGAGGUUCCUUGAAGCUGUUUGCUUGUGGGCCCUCAAGAUUCUUAUCAGGUAAGAGGAGCAAAGCUUCAUUCUAAUACCUUUUUAUGGCUCAUUUUGGUGAGUAUUUGACAAUCUCUGACUUAACACAUGCCGAGAAAAUGUCUUAAAAUGUAAUGUCCAUCAAAAACCUUAAUGGCAUUAUGUGGGGGAGAGAGGGAUACUAGUAUCUCUAGAAGUAGGAAUGUAUCACAUGAUGUGUCAUCGAAAUUAUUACGGAGUUUUGGUCAGACUUUUCAAGAGAUUUAGCCUCUGCAAAACAGUGGCUUCACUUGAUCUGUAUUAUAAACACCAAGAAAAAUUGGAAAACAAAUGAACGAUUGUCAGACUUACAGAAGAUUCAGCAGUUUGCCCUAUUCCAAGGAGAAAGUCACUUUAUUUUUUUGUAAGUCAGUUUAGACACUUAGCUACACGUAAGACAGACAGGUACAAAGAAAAGUAUAGAGUUAGGGUAAGAAAAGAUGAAAGUAAACUUCCAUAUGUUGAUGAAGGACAAUCAAGUUAUGAAAAAGCCUAUCAGGUCUUGAAUUAAUGUACGUAGAUAAGACAUGCGAUUGAGGAGGGCAUAAAAGGAAGGGAAAUUUUUGAAAACUGAAAAGGAAAAAGGAAAUUCAUAGAUACAUUGAACAAAACUAGAUUAUGUUUAAACAUGGUAUUAAAAACUUUAAAAUGUGAAAUCUUAAAAUCCAAGAAUGCUGAUGUGAUUGGCUUAAAUGAGGGCUAUGUGAAAAUUUUCCAAAACAGAAUUCCAAAUAAAAUAGAUGGUCCUCCAUCAAGCAGCUGGAAAUUAACUCCCCAUACUUAAAGUGGAGCAUGCAAAAGCCAGGAAGAAUGCAGUGACUUUACAGAAACCUGGAACACUACCUCAAAUGAUGAGUGUUAACAUAAGUGAUAAACCACGUUGUUUGUGUGUGCUCUUAAUAAGAUGUGUUGAGAAGGGCAGUUCACUCAUCUAGUCUUCCAACAACCCAUAAUCUCAGCCUAAACAUGAGAAAAGCAUCAGACAAAUUUCAAAUUGAGGAACAUUCUUUAGAAUAUGAGUCCUCAAAAUUACCAGGGUCAUUAAAUACAAGGAAAUUCUGAGAAACUGUCAGCCCAGAGCAGUUAAGGAGACAUAAGUAAAUGCCAUAUAAAACAACCUGGGGAUUAAUCAGCACAUAAUUUAUAGUCAGAAUCCAUCCCUAUUCAAGGUUCCUUCACAUCCACAGAUGCAACGACAGAUUGCAUAGCACUGUAAUGGUUACUAUUGAAAAGUAUCUGCAUACAAAUUCAAACUCGAAUUGCACAAGAGUCAACUCUAUUUUGUACUGGAUCCUGGGACAGAAAAACGCUGGGCUGGAAGAAGCACAAGCUGAAAUCAAGAUUGCCAGGAGAAAUAUCAAU